AUGUCGCCCAAACGCGACGCUGCAGUGUUUGGCCCAAAGCUCCGAAAAGCACACGCCAAUGUCGGGCGAUAUCUCGCCACCGGGUAUGUAUCUGAGCUCAUUGGUCUUGAGGACUACGCCAUUCCACACGUGCAGGGCCACAAGACAACCGGGUACUAUCUGCGCAACGAAGCUACUACUUCGAUCAUCGCUUUGAUGCGCGGUGGUGAGCCGAUGGCAUUCGGCGUUAGCGAAGUGUUCCCACAAGCCAUGUUCAUCCAUGCGUCUAGCGUUGGAGACGUGAAGAUGCAUCAUGUCCAAGGACAGUCAAAUGUGAUCUUGGUGGAUUCAGUGGUCAACAGCAGCAAGAGCGUGACUGAGUUCAUCAAGCGCGUUGUGCGUCUUGAGCCCAACAUCAACAUUACAGUCGUUGCGGGCGUAGUUCAGGCUGAGGCGAUCGCCGAGGACUAUCUGUUCGCCAAGGUGAUGAGACGACACGGCGCUGGAUUGGUUGCGCUUCGAGUUUCGGAGAACAAAUUCACAGGAACUGAGACGACUGACACUGGGAAUCGGCUGUUCAACACGACUCACUUGGGUUAG